AUGGCUGAUAAAUUGCAAUACAUUAUUUUCCCGGCUGAGGCAGAGGCUUUUAUUGAAUCUCUGUCAGAUACUGACUACGACUGCUAUGGAAAGGAGCAUUGGUACAAACAACAUUCGUAUUUGGAAAGGCUUAACAUGCAGGCUGUUAUUUCAGCCAGGUCAGGUUCAGACGAAUUUGUCAAGGAGUAUAUAAUCUCACACCAGAAAGUUGGAUUCCUCAUUCGCGACUUAGUCAUGACUGAGUUGUGGAUUGAAAAAAUUUUUAAGCGGCUCCUAAAAUGCCUACCUAAAAGUCUGCCGACAUUUCCUUUGUAUGCCGUACUCCAUCACGAGCUCGUUCUAAUAAACCUCUUGGAGACCGUAACUUAUCAUGCUGAUGUGGUGGAUUCUCUGAAUGACGAUGCCGUGGAUCUAUGCGACUGGUGCUACCGAGCAUUGUGCCGUCUUGUGAACGCAGUAUCAAGCAAGGAAAAGAAGGCCAACAUCCGAACUCUUAAAAAUGAACCGAAGCCAUCAGAAGAGGAAGUUGCAGAGUUGCAGAGACAGACGGAUAUUCUUACUUAUGAAGUGGGUAUGAAAGCGAUCUCAUUAUCACGUUACUUGAUCGAGCACUGUUGCAGCAUUUGUACCAACGCGGUGGCAUCAUCUGCAACGACACCUCUAAGCAUCGCACGGCGGCUACUACAUACGCACGACUUUCUUUGUUUGCUCUGUCACCUCAUCGAGCUCGCACCGUGGUGUUGCGAAGAAGAUACCACUUCGAUACGAACGCUCAAGUACCAAUGGCACGAGUCGGGCUGCUGGAUUUCUGAGACAGAUGAGAAGAAUUGGACUCCUGUAACCAAAUCUGAGGGGCAGGUGUGGCUGUCAAUCUACCAGCUGGUCUUUUCGGGUGUGAUGAACGUGGUGAGCUAUGAGCUGGUGGGGAGCAGCGUAAAGCGCCAGGCACUGCUGCGCCUACGGCCUUACCUCACCGAAUCACGCAUCGAUGUGAUUCCGGUGCUUGGGCAACUGCGUCGAUUCCUCGAGGAGUUCACUAUUUCUGAGGUUGCAGCCAUUAGUCGGUCUCCUUCCGGUGUCACAUCCGCUGCCGCUGUCGCUCAUCUUUGUCAAAUCGAAGACGUUCCUCAAGCAUACGAAGACAUUCUGCGGAGAUACAAAGGUAAAUGGGAUGCAGAAGCUAAAGAAUUUUUGGUGCGCAUUCAAUUGAAAGAACAUGUCGAAGCAGCUCAGCGUGCGGCUUCGAUGUGGGCGGAAACCUUUACAGAGGAGGCAGUGGACGCGCUCUUCGGGCCUACUGUCAAUAACGGUGAUAAUGAACACGAAAAUGCGGCAUUCGAGCACCCCCUACUUCGAAACCCACGUUGUGUUACCUGCGGAGAGGUGGCCACAAAGCGCUGCUCCCGCUGUCGCCACGAAUGGUACUGCCGUCGGCAGUGCCAGGUGGAACACUGGCCGCGUCACAGAAAGGCCUGUGACAUGCUUGUUGCCUCCUAUAUCGACUGA